CGCAGAACUCGAAAUCAUUAAAGACAACAUGGCUGGUUUGGACUAUCUUCUCUUUGAAGAAGCUACCGGUUACGGGAUCUUCAAGGUCUUGAUCCAGCAGGAUGACAUCGCUUCUAGACAGAAGGAAGUACAGGAAGCUUCCAACGACUUGGGCAAGUUCUCCAAGAUGAUUGAAUUGGUCUCUUUUGCACCAUUCAAGGGUGCUGCUCAAGCUUUGGAAAACGCCAACGACAUCUCUGAAGGUUUAGUAUCCGACUACUUAAAGUCAAUCUUGGAAUUGAACUUACCAAAGGGUUCUUCUAAGAACAAGAUUGCCUUGGGUGUAUCUGACAAGAACUUGGGUCCUUCUAUCAAGGAAAUAUUCCCUUACGUUGAUUGUUUGUCCAACGAAAUCGUCCAGGACUUCUUGAGAGGUAUCAGAGUCCACGGCGACAAGUUGUUCAAGGAUUUGCACGAAGGUGAUAUUGAAAGAGCACAGUUAGGUUUGGGUCAUGCCUUCUCUAGAGCUAAGGUUAAGUUCUCAGUACAAAAGAAUGACAACCACAUCAUUCAGGCUAUUGCUUUGUUGGACCAGUUGGACAAGGAUAUCAACACCUUCUCCAUGAGAGUCAAGGAAUGGUACGGAUGGCACUUUCCAGAGUUGGCCAAAAUUGUCCCAGACAAUUACACUUUUGCCAAGUUGGCUCUUUUCAUCAAAGACAAGGCUUCUUUGACUGAAGACUCGUUGCAUGACAUCGCUGCUUUGGUUAACGAAGACUCUGGUGUUGCCCAGAGAAUCAUAGAUAAUGCCAGAAUCUCUAUGGGACAAGACAUCUCGGAACAGGACAUGCAGAACGUUUCAACUUUCGCUGAAAGAGUGGUAAACAUCAGUGACUACCGUACCAAGUUGUUCCAGUAUUUAACAGAUAAGAUGCACACUGUUGCUCCUAACUUGUCGACGUUGAUUGGAGAAGUUGUUGGUGCCAGAUUGAUCUCUCACGCUGGUUCUUUGACCAACUUGUCUAAGCAAGCCGCCUCUACUGUUCAAAUCUUGGGUGCUGAAAAGGCCUUGUUCAGAGCUUUGAAGACUAAGGGUAACACUCCUAAAUACGGGUUAAUCUAUCACUCGUCUUUCAUUGGUAAGGCUUCUGCCAAGAACAAGGGUAGAAUUUCCAGAUACUUAGCUAACAAGUGUUCCAUUGCUUCCAGAAUCGACAACUACUCGGAUGAGCCAUCUACUGCCUUUGGUGAAAUAUUAAAGAAGCAGGUGGAAGAAAGAUUGAACUUCUACGACACCGGUGCCCCACCUAUGAAGAAUUCCGAUGCCAUUAAAGCUGCUUUGGCUUUAGGUGCUAGCGACUUGGCUGGAGUACCAGCCUCCAACGAAGAUGACGAGCCUGAAACUCCUAAGAAGGAAAAGAAGGAGAAGAAGGAAAAGAAGGAAAAGAAGGAAAAGAAGGAAAAGAAGGAAAAGAAGGAAAAGAAGGAAAAGAAGCGUAAGGCUGAAGAUGAUGAAUCUCCAAAGAAGAAGAAGAAGUCCAAGAACUAGAUUAUCACCUCUUUUUAAACACUCGGCAUUUCUCGACGACCUUCAAUUCGUCAACCCCAGUUGCUUUUUUAUCCAUUGUCUGGUCACGGCCUGAUCGACAAUAUUAUUGUAAACUAUAGUACUUUCUAUUGCAUGUUAAUAUACUAGAUACCG